AUGUCUAGAAUUCUAAUUAAAUCAAAUAAAUUAGUUAAUUAUUUAAAUAGAUAUUUAACAUUAUCUUCAACAUCAUGUUUGAUAAAUAAUAAUGGAUAUGUUAAAAAUAGAUUAUAUUCUAGUAGCACUACAUCAACAAAGCCUGAACCAAAGAAAAUAAAGAUUUAUACUAAAACAGGUGAUAAAGGAACAUCUAGUUUGUUCAAUGGUGAAAGAAGACCAAAAGAUGAUCAAAUAUUCAAUGUUUUAGGUGAUCUCGAUGAAUUAUCUGCUCAUAUUGGAUUAUCUAUUGAUUUUAUAAAAAUGAAUACUCUUAGUAGUAAAGAAGUUGAUUCCAAUCAAUUGGUUGAAAAGAUCAAAGAGUUGGAGGAAAUACAAUGUUUGUUGUUGGAUUUAGGUUCACAUGUUGCGACACCACGUGAAAGUUCACCGGAUGCCCACCUCAGAAGAACAGAGUUCUCAGAGGAUAAUAUCACCAGACUGGAAGCACAGAUCGAUCAGAUCGAUCAAUCGCUACCGCCACUACGCAAUUUCAUCCUGCCAGGUGGCAACGUUGUAUCUUCACAACUACACGUUUGUCGCAGUGUCUGUCGUCGGUGUGAGAGACACCUUGUACCACUGCUCAUCGGAGAGUACAUCGAUGCCGCUGCCAAUAAAUACAUCAACAGACUGAGCGACUACUUCUUCACACUAGCAAGAUACGCCUCAUUCGUAAACAACUCACCGGAAUCAAUCUAUAGAACACCAAAAGAAAGAAGUGUCGAAUCAAACAACAACAACAACAACAAAUAUCAACGUAAAUUAGAUAUUGUAUCAAUGAAGGAUAACAAUAACAACAACAACAACAACAACAACAAUAACCAUUAA